AAUUAUAAUUUAGAUCCACAUUCCACUGAUUCCACACCGAGAUUUGCUGAACAUUGCAAAACCGUCGUCGCAAUUUUCUUAAAAAUUAGAAUGAGUACGCGCGACACGGAAAUUUGCGGAUUUCUCGACGUCAAGUCGACGAGCAGCAAAUGUGUCACGCAGAAGGUGAGAAAGAGAGCCUUGCCUCUGUCGAAGGUGUGGAAACGAUCAUGGUGCUCGGUGAGGAAGCUCGGUGAGGGACCCGACCUUGGCCUGCUGGUGCAGUUUGACCAGAAGCUCAGCUGUCGCGGCAGCGCUUUAAAGCAAAACGAGAAGGACAGUUCUGUGACGCUACCAUCGGGCGCCGUCGUGCAUCGCAUUCGCUCCAGAACGAAGCAAUUUGCGUUUAGUGUAUCGUCGGCAGUGGACAACAGGAAGUCGCUAUUGUCGUUGUCCGCCAAUUCGGAGACCGAGACGCAACGUUGGAUGGCGGAUAUCAGACACUUAUUGAAGCCCAGAAGGCACUGCUGCACGGAGAGGUCAUACAAUAUAUCCAUAGUUGACAACCCACAUUCAAAGGCUGCAGGUUUAACCGGUUUAUACGGAGAUCUGAUUGCCAACGAGGUUGGAAUUUUCAUCAGAAAUGUUCACACCGGUGAGAUAGACGAAACUUUUGAAUGGAAGGAAUUCACUCAGUUCCAUUUAGUAACGGUGGGCCGUCCAGAAGAUGUGAAGCGUAUUUGUGUAAUGCACACCAGCAAGGAGUUUCGCUGUGGCGUCGGGGAACUCCACGUAUUCUGCCUUGAUGCUAAUAAGUUGCUACAAGACUUGGUGACGCAAGGUCGUGGUCCGAGACACCGACAAAGACUUUUACAUUCUAAUGGUGAUCUCGAAACGGUGGCGCAUGGUGGAAUCGGUAGUCUUCCCUCACGGGUAAAGAAUAACGCACCGCUCUGUGUCCUUAAUACAGAUGCCAAUUGUUUAAGGACAUCAAUCGGCACUAAAGCUGUGGAAAAUAUAUAUCAAUCGGAACCCAAUUUGAUAUACAGUGAAAAACAUCAUCCGUACAACAGGGAGUCCAAUACCUCUGUUGCAUCUGGAAUUUACGAAGAAAUUAAAGACGAUGUUUGUUCACCUGAGCUGAAAACGUCACUAACGGGUAAAAUUUCGUGCAAUUUGCAAAUGAAACCUCCGGCACUACCACCACGACAGAAGCGGGGAUCCGAGCACACGAAGGAAGAUAGGGUGGAUAUCGAGCAAUAUUCUCAUUCAGAAAUUUCCGACCAUUUUAAAGCAAGGCUACAAAAUACAGUAUGUACGCAAGAAACUACUUUCGCAGACCAUUCCAGCUAUGUUCCAAUGUCGCCACAAUUGAGAGAUCUCAGUAUGCCCGAGUCGGAUAUCUCGGAACAUUCAAAAGAAAAUGACUACGUGACAAUGCGAUAACGUUAUGUGACAUAAAUAUUUGACGUAAGGAUUAUAAAAAAUCUAGCGAGUAACGGAAAGUAUAGAUAGGAAAUAUAUGUAAAAAGCCGUCCAAAAUAUAUUAUCUUAUUUCCUUUUGCAUUCUGUACUAAUAUAUAUGUAUAUAGGAAAUAGUUUGUUAAAAAACUUAAAAACCU